UUGACGAGAGUCCCGCUUGCCUGUUUUACCACCACGUCCAUAGGUGGAAGCGAAUAAUCAAUAUGGGUGUCAAAGGCCUUUGGUCUCUGCUCAACCCAGUCGCUCGUCCAGUCCAGAUCGAGAGUAUGGAAGGGAAGCGAUUGGCGAUUGAUAGUUCCAUCUGGCUUUAUCAAUUCCAAGCGACAAUGAGGGAUAAAGAUGGUAGGGUCUUAGUGAAUGCACACGUUCUAGGCUUCCUACGUCGGAUAAAUAAACUGUUGUUCCACGGGAUAAAACCAGUGUUCGUCUUCGAUGGAGGUGCUCCGGCGCUCAAGCGAUCGACUAUCGCCGAAAGAAAGCGAAAGAAGACUGGUGCUGCUGCCAAUCAUGCCAAAGUGGCUGAGAAGCUUUUUGCCGCUCAGAUGCGUCGCGAGGCAGUGAAGGCGGCACAAGUCGCACAAGAACAAAAAGAGGCCAAAGCAUCAGCUGAGGCAGCUGCAGAGUACGCAAGGCGCUAUCCUGAUGAAGCGGGAGAACAAAUCGCUGAGGGAGCUGUAUAUCUCGAAGAUUUAGAAGGUCGUGCCGGCCCUUCCCGGCCUCGUUCUCCCGGACCUGCACAGACCGAGGGUGUCGAUCCAAGUGCAGUACCGACAGACCCGGAAAAACGAAGAAAAUACUUCAAAAAGCAUGAUCCUUAUCGCUUACCUGCAGCCGAGAUGCCCACAGUAUCGACGUCUGACAGACCAGACGCCAGAUUAGCUACAGAGGAGGAGCUCAAACAAUUCAUAGACGAGGUCCACCCCGAGGACAUCGACAUAGAAUCAGCCGAAUUUCGUGCUUUGCCCACCGAGGUCCAGUACGAAAUUAUCGGUGAUUUACGUAUCCGGUCCCGCCAACAAUCUCACCGCCGACUCGCUGAUAUGCUUCGCGCCGCUCCUACUCCUUUAGACUUUUCCAAAGCACAGAUAAAGCACCUCUCCCAACGUAACGCUUUGACCCAGCAACUUUUAACGGUCACGGAUAUGGUUGGUAAAGCCCACUUGACCAUUCCUGUGAGAAUCGCGGCAGAAAGAAACAGAGAGUAUGUAUUAGUGAAGAAAGACGAGACUGAAGGUGGAGGAUGGGCUCUGGGAAUCAGAGAGGGAUCGAAGGAGAAGCCAAUAGAGGUUGAGCCUGCGGAACCCAAGACUGAAAGCGAGCAUGAAUCGGACAUUGAACCCCUAUCACCGCCUCCGCAGGCUGCUAUGGAUCAAGACCUCCGAGAGUAUCGUCGUCAACAAGUGCUUGAAGCUAUUGCUGCCCGCUACGCUCCCAAACGUCAGGCACGAGCCCCUCUCGACGUUGCAGUCAAACCCUUUGGGCCAUCACGAACGGCAUCGUCCAAGCCAUUAUUCGAUGUCGAUGGCGAGGAAGAAGAAGGGGAGGAAGAGGUUGUGCCGACAGCUAACGAUGAAGCUUUGGCCUUGGCUUUGCAACAAGAAGAGCUGGGAGACGAUGAGACAGAGGUUGAUGAAGAUCUAGCAAAAGCCUUGGCUCUCAGUCGGAGAGAGGCUGAAAGGAAAUCAAGGAGCGAAAAUGAAGGAUUCAGAGUUGUUGACGUCGGAAAAGACGAAUUGACGGAGGAAGAGGACGGAGAUAUGGAAGAAGUAGAACUCGUGCCUAGUGGCACUGUGACACCUGCUCAAGUUGACAUAGAGGCAGAAGACAGCGAAGAUGAGGAUGAGUUUGAAGAAGUCGACACGCCAUCAACGACGUUGAGCUCUUCUCGGGUGUCAUUAGGUGCUUCUAUCGCCCCAGGCAUGGAAACCCCGGAAAUUGUUACCAUUCAUCCGAAUUCUACGCGGAUGAUCGACCCUAUAGUCAUGGAUGAUGAUGACGAUGAUGAUGAUGAUAAAGGAGAGCCCCUGGUCAUGUCAAUGUUUAAAGAGAAGCGGGCUUCUGUCUAUCUACCUCCCCUGGCGUCGGACCUGCCCGAAAGAGCUGCUCAGUCAUCUGGCGAACAGGCACCGCCUGCCAUCACUUCUCGAUCCCAAAUCUCACAAUCGACAGCCGUGCCGGUACGGCCCAAAGCAUUACAAAAGCUGAAUUCAGCGGUCAAUGUACCUUCUCCUUUGAGGAACGUAGCUCAGCCAAAAUCAUCGCCAAAAUCUUCUCCAAUCUCUGUCGAUGAUGUUUCCGUCCCUGCUGGUGCCCCAGACCUACCCUUUACGGUGGAAGCCACAGAUCCAACUGAAAUCAGAGGCGCACCGUCCCCGGACAUGAUCCCGCCUCGUUCACCACCAUCACCUGAGCUGUAUGGGUCUGGAUCGCUUGAAAGACCGCAUUUUUUGGAACGCCCCUCGCCACGCUCGCCUGUGAUGUACAAUGAGAUGGACGACGAGGACGGCAGCGAAGCGGAUGAGAAGGAUGAGACCCGAUCCACGUAUUCCUGGUCACCUUCCCCGACCCCGCCACCCCGUCCUCUCCGGACGACUGAAUCGGAUGUUUCGCUCAACACUGUUGCAUCUCCUUCUCCUGCCUUGAUCGCAGCGCCCCGAGAUGACGAUGAGGAUGACGGUGACCUGGCGCCAGCUGAUGUGGCGGCAGAAUCCGAUGACUAUGCACGUUUCGUGGCGUCGAUUAAGAAUCGGGAUCUCAACGAGGUUCGCGGGGAGAUUGAUGACGAGAUACGGGUGUUGAACUCUGAGAAUAGGGUGGCGAUGAGAGACUCGGAUGAGAUUACCCAAAGUAUGAUUGCGCAAAUCCAGACACUUUUGAGGCAUUUCGGUAUUCCUUACAUAACAGCACCCAUGGAAGCGGAAGCGCAAUGUGCCAAACUGGCACAGCUAGGUCUCGUAGACGGUAUCAUCACCGAUGAUUCCGAUGUUUUCCUCUUUGGCGGUGUCCAGUGCUUCAAAAACAUUUUCAACGACGCCAAAUACGCAGAGUGUUUCCUGCUGGCAGAUGUGGAAAGAGAAUUGAUGUUGACGCGCGAAAGGUUGAUUUCACUCGCGUAUUUCCUGGGGAGCGAUUAUACGUUGGGAUUGCCCGGGAUUGGGCCUGUUAUGGGUCUCGAGAUCCUGGCGAAUUUUCCGGGGGAGAGGGGUCUGUAUGAUUUUAAAGAAUGGUGGGGACGAGUGCAAAAAGGGAAUGAUACAGAGGAAGAGAGUGGGACAAAAUGGAGGAAAUCGUUUAAAAAGAGAUUCUUGAAGAGUAUAUACCUCACUGCAGACUGGCCUGACCCGCUUGUGAGGGAGGCAUACCUAUAUCCAACCGUCGAUGAAUCGGAAGAGCCCUUCCAUUGGGGAUUCCCCAGACUUUCAGCCCUGCGAACUUUUCUCCACGAAGAGUUAUCUUGGUCUAUAUCCAAGGUGGACGACGAAUUGACGCCUAUCGUGCAACGUAUAUCCCUACGGGGCAAACAUGGGGCUUUGAAUAAACAAGGGACGCUUGAUCCAUUUUUCGAUAUGUCCGCUGGAGCGGGACAUUAUGCGCCUAGAAAAAGAGGUAUGAACGUUAGUAAACGGUUGAUGGGGGUUAUCAAGCAGUUUAAGGAGGCCGAAAUUAGGAUGAGCAAAGGCGAGGAUUUGGAUGUGGACGCGAUACUUGCAGACGAGGAGAAGGAGAAGAAGCGUAAAGCAAAGGGGAAACGAAAAAUGGACGAAAAGGAGGCUGGAGAUGAUGAAAAGGAGGAGGGGAGAAACAGCAGUAGCAACAAGAGGAAGAAGACGAGUGCGCGAGGGAGGAGGAGGGCUGGAACGGCUUCGAGUGUUGGAGAUUCGGUGGCGUCAAGCGAAGGAGGGAGUCGGAGUACGAGCACGAGUGGACGGGGUAGGGGUGGGUCGAGGGCCCGUGGUCGGGCGAGGGGCAAGGGCCAAGAGUAAGCCAUUUGGUGCAACGUUACUGUAGCAAUUAGCAUGUAGUAGUAUU